AUGGCGUCCCACGUCGCUGACAAGACAGACCCGAUCACGAGGAGCGAAGAGACCUCCGCUGAAGGAAAAUUGCACAUCCAACCCAGAGACGCGGAUGUCGAUGGAGAAUAUGCAGCCGAGAUCACUGGCUAUGACCAUGAACGCAUGAAGGACCGAGGUCUUCUCUCGUACGAAGAGGAGAAGAAGCUGCUGCGUCGUGUAGAUAUUCGCCUCGUGAUAUUGUGUGCCGUCAUUUUCAUGAUCAAGAAUGUCGAUGCGAACAAUGCUGCGCAUGCUCGUAUCAUGAACCGUGGAACCGACCGAAACAUUAUGACACAGCUCAAAAUGACUGCUAAUGACUACAACUGGGUCAGCACAAUAUACCUCAUCCCCUUUAUUGUGUUCGAGAUACCAUCGAACUUGAUCAUGAAGAAAGUGCUCCCUUCAAGGUUCCAGUCGCGAAUUAUGGUGACUUGGGGAAUCACACUGGCAUGUCAUGCUGCAGUCACGUCCAAAGCGGGACUUCUGACAGCUCGAUUCUUCCUUGGCCUUACCGAAGCUGGAAUGUUCCCCGGCAUCAUUCUGCAAUUAACAUACUGGUACCGGGCUGAUGAGAUGACGAGCCGGCUUCUGAUUUUCUACUCCUUCGAGUUCUUCGCCAAUAUUGUCAGUGCUGUCCUGGCUUUUGGCUUCAACGGUAUAUCUGGACGAGGUGGUUUGUCCGGUUGGCAAUGGUUCUUCCUUGUUGAGGGAAUAUUUACGAUUCUCUUCGGUAUUUCACUUUGGUGGAUUUUCCCUGAUUUCCCUGAACAGGCAAAAUGGCUUACCGACAAGGAGAAGAGGUUCCUCCAAGCGCGACUCCCUGCAAACGCUCCUCGAUCAAAUGAGUCCGACUUUAACAUGAGCGAAAUUUGGGAGAGUCUCAAGGACCAGCGUCUCUGGUGGUUCACUCUGAUCUGGGCGACAAAGACAAUUGGAGGCUCAGGUCUCUCGUUCUACCUGCCCACCAUCGUAGCAGAUCUGGGGCUUGUGUCCAUCGCCGAAAGUCAAUUGCUCACUAUCCCUUCUGCGGUUAUACCCAUGUUCCUCAUUGGCCUCAGCGCGUACUUGACUGGCCGGAAGGGUGUGCCGUAUCCUCUCAUCGCAAUUAUCUACAUGGUCACUACAUUGGCAUGUUACGCGGUGAUGGUCACCUAUCCAAACCUCGGAGGCGUAUAUGCCGCCACGACCAUUGCGGCUUCGGCGUCUUUGGCCUGGUUCUCAACUAUGUGGCCGUGGCGCCUCCAAACUACAUCCAAGGCCACUGGUUCGGCCUUUGCCAUUGCCUUUUCAAACUCCCUCGGUCAGAUUGGUACGAUCGUCGGGCCGCAGAUCUUCCAGUCCAAGUACGCUCCCAAAUAUACAGCCUCGUUCGCCGUGGCAAUGGGGAUGAGCGGGGUUUGCAUCCUUGCUACUAUGUGGACUUGGUGGCUCACGAGACACACCGAGCGGCAGACCUGGCAUCUGAGGAAGAUGCGAAUCAAUGCAGCCAAGAACAGCAACGUUGUUCUAGAGGAUGUCGAUAUCAACGCUGACUUUGAGAAGCAAGCGAGGGUGCCAAAAUAA